AGGAGGCUCACAAGCGGAGUAACAACUGGUUACCUCCUCCAUGGGCUAUAAUGGAACCCUCUCUACCUCAUGGUUCUAUUUGUUGCAUUUUUACUUUCAAAGGCCUUAUGGGUACAGAUGGACAUUACGGGACAGUUCCAGCAUGGCGCUCUGUCCGGAAUACUGUCCAUCUCAUCAAGGUUUCUACCAACCGUCAUGAAUCUUCUAAGAAAACUCGCGGAAGAAGCUCAGGGGAAUCAAACACCGGAAGCACAAAGGCGGCCAGUUUCUCUUUCUCAGAGUUAUAGAAGUGAAACACCUCAGCCAAAUCCGGUAACAAGCUCAUUCCCGGAGUCCUCAGUGUCAUCCAAUAUCUCGUCAUCAGAUACCGGCAUGGAAUACUCAAGCCCUCCUUUAAGACAAAGGCGAACGGCAAACGUUGAGGAAGUUGAAUCUUCAUGAUGUAUGAUCUCUGUUGUAGUUACUGCUCAUUUGUUUGUACCAUGUGCAUCAGAUUAAGGUCACUACUCAUUUGUGCGAUAGUUUUCAUUCUUUUUUAUUUUGUUUCUUGUUUGUAGUUACUGAAAAUUUGAAAUAAAAAUAAACGGGGUUUGCUUA